ACUCACACGCACACACACACUCACCAACCGCGGUAAAAUGUUUCGCACCCAGCUCGUGACCCUCCUCGCGCUCGCGCUCGCGCUGCUCGUGUCCGUCUCCGCCGCCGAGCUCAAGAUCGACGUGACCCACCUCCCAGAGGGCUGCAAGCUCAAGACGCGCAACGGCGACAAGCUGAGCAUGCACUACACCGGCACGCUGGACGACGGCUCCAAGUUUGACUCGUCGCGCGACCGUAACCAGCCCCUCGACUUCACCAUCGGCAAGGGCCAGGUCAUCCAGGGCUGGGAGCAGGGCCUCCUCGACAUGUGUGUUGGCGAGAAGCGCAUCCUCACCAUUCCUUCGAGCCUUGGCUACGGCGCGCGCGGCUUCCCUCCUGUCAUCCCUGCCGACGCUACCCUCACCUUUGACGUCGAGCUUGUCGCCAUCAAGAACCGCAAGGAGGAGCUCUAAGCAGCUCAACUUGCUCCACAUUAGCAUAUAAAACACACACGUAGUAUUGAACACGAUGCUUCAUCUCU